AUGGGCGGCCAAUCUGUCGUCGAGCUUCGCUGCAAAUGCAAAACUGACCCCUGGGGCAAGAAAGGCGAGGACUCGCUUGCCGCCGUACUCGCCUCUAAGCAACCGGGCACCGACUUCAAGAUCGAUCCUAACCAAACGUAUUCGGAGAUGUGGAUGGGCACCUAUCCCUCUGUCCCAUCAUUUGUCAUAGGGACCGACGAGACACUCGAAGACUAUCUCAACAAGAACCCGAAUCUAGUUGGAAAGAAGAUUGUAGACAAAUUCGGUGGCGGUUUGCCUUUUCUGCCAAAGAUAUUGUCGAUGGAUAAGGCUCUUCCUCUUCAAAUCCACCCGGACCGCAAACUCUCCGAAUCACUUCAUAGACAACUUCCACAAAAGUUCACUGAUACAACCCACAAACCCGAGAUCGCCAUUGCGCUCUCCCAAUUCGAACUCUUUGCCGGUUGGAAGCCGCUUAAUGAUUUGACGCGGCUUUUCCGAAAUGGACCUUUGAACAAGUUCCUGCCAACACCGGAAUCUCAUUUCAAUGAUGAAACCCUCAAACAGAUAGGGCAGAAUAUGCUCGAAGCCGACGAAAGGACUGUUGCCGACACGAUCAGGCAACUGACCAAGACACCGGAAAGUGCAUUCGGGAAAUAUUCAUAUAUUCCUAAAAUGCUUGAAAGGGUUUCAGCACAGUACUCCGAAUACGACAAUGGCACCCUCUUUGCAGUCGUGUGCAUGAACUACCUGGUUUUACAGAAUGGCGAAGCAGUUUAUGUCCCUACCGAUGGCAUGCAUGCAUACUUAUCCGGCAAUAUCAUGGAAUGCAUGGCCCGAUCCGACAACGUUCUCAAUACUGGAUUCUGUCCCCGUCCAGGCCGCGAUAGCGUUGCCUUGUUCUGCGAAGCCUUUACCGGCUGGCCUCAGGAUCCCGACGAAGCACGAUUAGGAAAGCAUAUCUCGAAUAGAGGUCUUAAUGGAAAGACCGUGGAAUAUGCGCCGCCCAUCAGCGAAUUCAAUGUUCUUGCCACCCAUCUCAAAGCCGGCGAGAAGGAGAAGAUGAGCCCCAUUGAAGGUCCCAGUAUCAUCUGCGUUACCGGUGGGGAAGGUAGAAUGAUGGCCAAGGCUAGUGAGAGCAAAGCAUAUAAUCUAAAUCAAGGAUCUGUGUUCUUUGUAGCGUGUUGCGUUGAGUUGGAAUUCGAGGCAACGGGUGAAAAGCUGGACAUCUAUAGGCCUUAUGCCGAUUAG